GUGGGCGACCUCGGGGUGGGGGAACACCUCCCUGGGACCCCCCUGUGCCAGCCUGGACGGCACCUUCAGGGAGCUGAGGAGGAUCCUGUGCCCCCCGCGAGAGGCCGAGGGGUGCAGGCUCUGCCCCGUGGGCUGGAUGCUGGGCAGCACCAAGUGCUACUGGGUCUCGGAAAGGAUGAACUCGUGGCACGGGAGCCGGGAGGACUGCGGGGCCCGCGGGGCCGCGAUGGCGAUGCCGUGGGACAAGGACGAGCUGGAUUCCCUCAAUGAGACCCUGAGGAAACCCACGCGGCACUUCUGGAUCGGGCUCUCGGUGCCCGCGCCCGGGAUGGGCUGGACGUGGGUGAACGGCUCCCGCCCGGACUGGAGCCGGUUCCCGCAGUACCUCGGGGAGGGUCCCGGAGCCUGCGGGGCGCUCAAGGGGGACAGGAUCGACCCCCGCGCCUGCGACACGGGGCUGCAGUGGAUCUGCCAGACGGAGUCCGCCCGGAUCUGA